AUGGGCGGCGUAAAGCGCAAAGAAGCGCCAUCUGAUGCAGCGAAAUCCGAGAAGAAGCAGAAGACGUUCAACUCGAAGUCCAAAUACGAAAAGCCUGCAAAGCGAUCGCAUCUCGAAGACGCAGCCAACGCCGACGAGGAUGAGGAAGCUUCAGACGAAUUGAACGAUAAGAGCGCUACGCGAAACUCUGCGGGUCAAGACGGCAAAGCAAAUGGCGGAUCCAAACAGUUCAAACUUGAGACGACCUCCGCCGAAGCCCACGCAAAGCAGCGCCAACUUGCGAAGGAACGGAAGGCGGCGAAACCACACGCGGACGUCAUUCAACGCUCGAAGCAGCUGUGGGAGCGUCUGCGUAGGAAAUCCCAUGUUCCCAAAGAGGAGCGGAAAGAGCUAGUGGCAGAACUGUUCAGCAUCAUCGAUGGCCGUGUCCGAGACUUUGUCUUCAAGCACGACAGCGUGCGGGUCAUCCAGUGUGCGAUCAAGUACGCCAAGCCAGAGCAGCUGAAGAAGAUUGUCAAAGAGCUGCAAUAUGAUAUGCGAGAUUUGGCAGAGAGCAAGUACGGCAAGUUCUUGGUCGCGAAGAUGAUCAUGCAAGGCGAUCGCGAAGACAAGGAUAUCAUCAUUCCGCAGUUCUACGGGCAUAUCCGGAGACUGAUCAACCAUCCCGAGGCUGCAUGGAUUGUGGACGAUGUCUAUCGCCAAGUAUCCACUCCGCCGCAGAAGGCCAUGAUGUUGAGGGAAUGGUAUGGUGCGGAGUUUGCGCUCUUUGGAAAGCAGAGGCCAAAUGCUUCGACCGAAGGUGUGACGGGCGAUCUCAAGAAGAUACUGGAGGAGAGUCCCGAGAAGAGGAAGCCCAUCUUGGCAUACUUGAAGGAAUUUAUCAACAAGCUUGUCCAAAACAAGAAGAACGGUUUCACCAUGCUGCACGAUGCGAUGUUGCAGUAUUUUCUCGCGCUCGAAGUAGGCAGCGAGGAGCACUCGGAGUUCAUGGAAAUCCUCAAGGGCGAUAUCGAUGCAGAAGAAUCAGAUGGCGGAGGCGAUCUCUUUCGAAAUCUGGCUUUUACCAAGGAUGGGAGCCGAUUAGUCUGUCUGGUGCUUGCAUACGGAAGCGCCAAAGACCGAAAGGUCAUUCUCAAAUGCUUCAAGGAUCACAUCGAAGCCAUGGCCUUUGAUCCGUACGCCAAGAUGGUUCUUAUAGCCGGGCUUGACAUUCCAGACGACACCAAGAUGACUUCGCAAUCCAUUCUCCGUGACCUACUUGGCCUCCAGAUGGAAGACUCCACCGAACGCUUCGAUCGACUGGAGGCCAUGAUAACCAACCUGAACUCUCGACUGCCAAUUCUCUAUCCCUUAGCGGGCUUGCAGAAGUGGCUUGUAAAAGACGCCGAGAAGGCGCUUAUCGAAGAAUUUCAUGCUAUCCGAGCCACGACGUCGAAAAAGGCUCCCGAAGUGCGACGGCAAGAACUCAUUUCGCACCUCUCGUUGCAUUUGCUCGAAUUUGUCGCACAACGUGCAUCAAAUCUUGUUCAAACAUCCUUCGCCAGCCAAGCCGUGACCGAAAUUCUCCUUGAAUGCCACGACAAAGACAACUCGCAGCGCAACGCUGCAAAGGAGGCAGUAGCGCAACUUGCCGAGUGCAAUCCGCUUGAACAAGGUCACAUUGCUCAAGAUGCCGCUGUCGGGCGCAUGCUCAAGACGUUGGUACUAGGCGGGCCGUUUGACGCAGCUACGAAGAAGGUCAAGCUUGCAGAGCCUGCACUUGGAUUUGCAGAGGCAUUGUAUCCUGUCAUCAAGGAACACAUCGUAGAGUGGGCAUGCUCGGAUUCGAGCUUUGUCGUCGUUGCCCUGUUGGAAAGUGAGGAUGUAGACAAGGCAGUCAAGAAGGAGGUUGAAAAGGCAUUGAAGACUGGGAAAAUGCAGAUCAAGAAGGCAGCCGAGGAAGGUAGCGGAAGCAAAAAACCCGGCGAUGCCGACGGUGAAGAGGGAAAGAAGAGUAAGAAGAGGAAAGUGGAAAAGCCGAAGGGUAAUGCUGGUGCGAGGAUCUUGCUGGAAAAGUUCUGA